GUCAAAUCGUCGUCGUUGUUCCUGCGUCACGACGAAACCAGACGUUUUUUUACAGUAUAGAUGCAGAUAGUAAGAGGCCUGGGUUUCUGUCGCUUCGGUUCAGCGUCGUCGAAAUCCUUUCCCCUCGGAACCCGUGUCUUUGGGAAAUCUGUGACCACCACCCACCCGUCCAGGAUGGCAUCAACGUCUUCGGUACAUGCACAGCCACAGAGCAAGAAGCUCCGCUACAUUGAUAUUGGUAUAAACCUAGGUGAUCCUGUCUUCCGCGGCGAGUACCAUGGCAAACAAGCCCACGAGGACGACUACGAAGAAGUGUUGCGACGAGCGUUCGACGUCGGGUGUGAAAAGUUCAUGAUCACUGGUUCUGAUUUAAAAGAGUCGCGCCACGCUAUCGAUCUUGCCAAAGCCCACCCAGGUGUGUGCUUCGGCACGGUGGGUGUACAUCCUUGCUCCGCAAAACAAUUUGAUAGCCAUCCAGGAGGGCCGUCGAAGCUGCUGGAGGAACUCAAGAGACUUGCGUUGGAUUCUAAAAGGAGUGGACAUGCGGUGGCAUUUGGCGAGAUAGGGCUAGAUUACGACCGCUUGUUCCUCACGGGAAAGGAGCAGCAGCUGAAGUACUUCGAGGCGCAACUGGACCUUGCCGUAGAAGUGCAGCUCCCUCUCUUUCUGCACUCGCGUGCCGCCGCCGAUGACUUUGAGCGUCUCCUCUCUGCCCGAUUACCCCAAUUACCUCGAAUGGGUCUUGUGCACAGCUUCACGGGUACAAUGGAAGAAAUGCAGCGGCUCGUCGCACUGGGCCUGGACAUUGGCGUGAACGGCUGCUCGAUGAAGACGGAAGAAAACGUAGAAGUUGUGCGAGCUAUACCGCUGGAGAGGCUGCAGAUCGAGACGGACGGGCCAUGGUGUGAGAUGCGGCCUAGCCACGCCAGCGCGAAAUACUUGAAGGGCGCACCGCCGCUCCCAAAGAGCGUCAAGAAGGAGAAGUUCGUAAAGGGCUGCAUGGUCAAGGGCAGGAACGAGCCGUGCGCCAUCACAAACGUCGCAUAUGCUAUAGCUGCCAUCAAGGAGAUUCCUGUCGAAGAGGUUUGCGAAGCUGCGUGGAACAACUCGAUACGUAUGUUUGGGCUUGGUGAGUCUCCGCCUUGAAGAGGUUCACCCAAUACUGCGUUCGAAACGUCCAAGAUUUGCGCUGUGUAGAAAAGAGGAGCAGGCCGGAAGUAGAGAUAGAUCACGGAUGCCCAAAGCUGGAAAGUUUCCGAGCAGCGUAAAGACGCUUCGCUUCGUACUAUCUAGCUACGAGGUCACAAUAUAGAUAACUGUUGCGCAC